GAUUUUCAGUCAUCGAUUGUGGAUUUGAGAUAAUCUUGCUCUAUUUUACUUUACUUAUCUAUCUAUCUAAACCCCAACCCCAAUCCCCCAAACAAAGAAAUGGCACCAACAAUCCUCAUCAUCGGCGCAACCGGCAACACCGGCCUCCCCCUAACCACGCACCUCUCCGCGCACCUCCCGCCGCAGCAAAAAAUCCUCGCCCUAACCCGCUCCCCCACCUCCCCCUCCGCCCUGUACCUCUCUACCCUCCCCUCCGUCCAAGUCCUCCAAUACUCCUACCCCGAAAUCACAAGCGCCUGGCUGCUCUCGCACGAAAUCGAGAAAGUCUUCAUAUCCACACACACCGAACCCACGCAUUUUUCCGAAGAAUCGCAGUUUCUGAUCGCGGCCCGCGACGCCGGCGUGAAAUACGUCGUGCGCAUGAGUACCACGGCCGCGAACGUGCACGCGGACACGCGCCCCUAUUACGCGCGCAGUCACUGGGCGAUCGAGACGCUUUUAUCUGCGCCCGAGUUUGCGGGGGCCGGAGGCUUGAAGUGGACGAGUCUGCAGCCGAAUGGGUUUACGAACAUGGUUCUCUAUACCGCGGCGGCGUAUAUCCGGGAAUAUCGCACCACGGGUGUGGUGCCCGAGACGCUGCAUUUGAUCGCGGAUGAGGAGGCGAAAGUGGGGAUUAUUGAUCCGGCUGAUGUGGGGGUGCUUGCUGCGAAAUUGCUGCUUUGCUCUGAGGCGGAGGUGGAGAAGCAUAAUGGGAAGAAAUAUGUGCUUAAUGGGCCUGAAGAUAUAACCGGGCGGGGAAUUGUAGAGUUGGUGGAGAAAUAUUUAGAUGGGAAGAAAGUGAAAGAGGUGAAGUAUAGAAGUAUAGGGAUGUUGGAUGCGAUGAUUGCGCAAACGCCGUAUUCGAAGAAUGUAAUUGGGAGUUUGAGGCAUGCGGUGGAGGCGAACUGGAAUGGGGAGUGCAGUGUUGCGACGACUAGUAAGGAGGUGCUGGAAUUUGCUGCGCCGAAGGGGACACCAGAGGAGGCAUUGAAGAAGAUGUUGGAGCAGUAGAUGGGUGUAGAUGUAUAUACGUAUUGCUGGAGGGGUAGAAGAUGAAGCGUUAGGGGUUGAUGAGCAAGAAACUAUUAAAAUUAACGGUGUCA